AUGGCCUACUCUCAGCACACACAAUCCCGCUACGGGCACUGCGACUCGUACUUUACAGAAUCGCAGGAUGAUGGUAUCUACGUCCUCCGCGCUGAGGCUAGGGAACGUCACCGCAGUCUCGCAAGGAUGCAACAGCGGGCUCUCGCAGAGGAUCUCUCAAGACAGACUGCCGACGAGUAUCAGGAGGAUAUCAUGGAGCAUAUGAUGGCAAUGGAGACACAAACACUGCCAGACGUCAACUCAAUUGACAUCCAGACAGAAAUCCAGUGGUUCAUGCGCCCUUACCUGCUCGACUUUCUGGUUGAGGCCCACGCCGCUUUCCAGCUCUUACCCGAGACUCUCUUCCUUGCCGUCAACCUCCUCGAUCGCUACUGCUCUCGCCGUGUUGUGUACAAGCGUCAUUACCAGCUCGUUGGCUGUGCUGCCCUCCUCAUUGCUGCCAAGUAUGGUGACAAGAAGGACCGGGUACCCACCGUUCGGGAGCUGAAGUCUAUGUGCUGCUCGCUUUACGACGACGAGAUGUUCACUCAGAUGGAAUGGCACGUGUUGCAAACUCUCAACUGGAUCGUUGGUCACCCCACCGUGGACGCAUUCCUUCAAAUUGCCCUCGCCGCGUCGACUUACGAUGCCGAGGUUGAGCACAUGACACUCUACAUCGCGGAGAUUGCUCUAUUCCACAAGGAGUUUGUGUCCACACCGCCUUCGGUCCUCGCUAGAUCUGCGCUUGCACUCGCAAGGUGUGUGCUUACACGCCCUCAAGCUAAGCCUACAGAGUGGGCUGGUGCCUACGAUGCCCAGACCGUUAUGGGUUUGUCAAACCACUUGUAUCAGCCAUCACCCGUCCUCUCGAGGAAGUACGCCUCGACACAUCUCUCCAACGUCGUCGCCACCGUCGAUGAGUUCCUCCAACAGCAAGCACGCAACGCUCAAAGGGCAGCCGCCUCGCCCCCGACACCACCGCCAACACUCACCGUCGAGGAGCCCAAGCAUGUUUCUGAAUUCGGACCCUCAACACCCCAGAAGGUUGCCUACAGCGCCAUCAUGAACAACGGAUGUCUCACACCACCAAUCACUCCUGAUGGUGAAGGGCAGUUCGCCGGCCAUGUCGUCAAGUCACAACCAGCUUCGAUGUUCCCGUCGACACCAACAUCAGAGCCGGCACCAAACAUGUCGUCACAUCAACAAUAUUUCCCGAACUCAUACCUGCAUCCUCAGCACAUGUAA